AAUCAGUUACAAAUUAAAUUCAUUAGACAGUCAGUUUCAAAACUCGGAGACAAAUAUGAAGAAUCUUCGAAUAACCAUUGUUGCGUUCCUGGCCGUUCUUGUCUUCACCACAACUGUUACAAAUUCUUUGGAUGAAUCUAAGGUGGACACUAUAUCCGGAUUCAUAGAAAACAACUGUAAAUUGGACCAGGGUUGUUUAAACCACAUUGCAUGUAAGCAUUGUUCCUAUCGCAAUUGCAAAUGCGAUAAUGGAACUUGUAAAUGCCAUGGCUCUAAACCCCCAAGCCCUUGAUCCAACUGCAUCUUGAACUUAUCUUUCUCCUAUAUACUCCUUUGUUUGUAAAUUAUGCAUAAGAAAAGAAAACAUUAUGUUCAAU